AUGGCACCACCUUACACAUAUCCAAUAACUGCCAUCUUUUAUUUCAUUGCUCAUCCUCAGCUAUGGAUCAAGGUGCUAUGUCCUUUUCUACUUACUCUUAUCUUUGGCAUCAUUUCUUUGGUCCUAUCCUUUGUCUUCCUUCUUCCUUUGCAAGCACACGCGCUCAUUGACGCUCAUUGUCCAGCAUGGUUGGCUUGGUUGGUAUCCGUCAUCUUCGUCCUAUUGGAAUCGGCACUCUUCGAUGUUGUCUUCUUCGCAAUCAUGUUGCCAAUCUUCCAAGACGCUUUGUUUGACGCUACUCUCAAGGCACGUGGUAUGUCAAGGAUGUUUGAUACGCGUAUCCAAGUGAGUGGAAUGGUCCUUUGUUGCCGUGGUGUGUCGUCAGGCCUUAUGCUUGUGUGGUUCCUGGUAUUAGCACAGAUAUUUGUAUGGAUCAUCACUGCUCCUUUGCAUUUAAUUCCUGUGGUCGGCACUUUCAUUGCAUGUUACAUUAAUGGUUGGCCUGCAUGCUGGGGUCAACAUAUCCAUUAUGAUUUGGAAUUUCGAGGUUUCAGCGUGUCCGAUUCACGACGUUAUGCAUGGAAGAAUCGAUCCUCAUAUUGCAGCUUUGGUGUGGUCGCUGUGGCUCUUGAGAUUGUACCCCUCUUCAACUUGCUGUUCAUGUGGACAAACGUCGUCGCAGCUGCUUUAUGGGUCGCCGACAAGUAUGAAAAGAACGAGAAGGAGAUUGCCAAGCAACAACGCCUUCAACAACAACAUCCAAUGCCAAUCGGCAAUUCCUCUGUUUCAUCCUUGUAUUCAUCUGUAAGGAGUGGUUCUUCAUUCGUGUCACCUACCGCACAUAGUGAUCAGGCUUAUUUGGUUCAGCAUGCGGCCAACGACCCCUACAGAAAGGUCCACGAUGGAUAUGGAUCAUCAGCAGUGUAA